AUGGUACAGGAAGCAAGCCCAACACCUGCCGCAGGGACGUCGUCACUACACUUAGAUGGUCACCAGCCAGUCCAGCCGAUCCAGCCAACACAGGGACUUCAGCAGCCAGUCUCAGAGAAUCAUGACCAGCAAGAGUUAGGCAAUGAUCACCAGCAUUCACCCGCAUAUCUGCGAUCCAUCGAGAGCAACUCUGGAGCGGCUUUUGCACGCCUGCUUACGAUGACGCUUGAAUCGUCUGAUCAAAGUGUUUCUCCAAUGCGAAUGCUCGCAUGGAACUUGUUUCUCGGAGAAAGACAAGUAGCGAUGCCGAUACAGCAAGAGGCUCUUACAGAUAUUUUAUCAGAAUCAGAGAUGCGACAUCUAGCUAGCAUCUAUUUUGAUAAGUUUCACCCAUGUUAUAGCUUCAUUGACAAGGACAUGCUGCUCCAGAGUAUCUCCAACAAUUGGAGUCAGCAAAAAACACACAAUGCGCUGGAAGCCCUUUUGAGUGGUGUCGGUGCCCUCGCACUUCUGUUUUCGAAUACUCAAGACGUGGAAACCGAAUCAAGACUCGCUUCACUUGCCAAACGUCUGCUGGACCCAUCAUAUGCUGAUCCUCCAUCACUAUAUAGUGCUACUGCAUGGGUGCUUCGCACUGCAUACUUACGGGUCACAGCAAAGCCAGAAGAGGCAUGGUUAGCAAGCUGUAACGCUCUCCACAUCAUUGAUGCUGCAGGACUGAUGAACCGUACCAGCCGGAGUACUGCCUUCACCACAUCUCAAGACCCAGUCAGUAUCCAUCUUCGGAAAAGAGUGAUUGGGGUAGCACAACACCUAAACAUAUGGAUGUCAUAUGACCUAGGUCGGAGUCGUGUAUCUCUGCCUAACUUUGACAAUGCCCCACCGACUCCGGAAGCUGGAGAAUACACAGUGGAAUUGCUCGAUCUCCUGCCAUACUCACAGGAGCUGGACCCGACUAACGAACUAAGUGUGGACCGGCUUGUUAAAGCAUUGGUGAACGUCUUGGAGCGAACACAUACCGAACCACCAUCUGUACUGGCACAGUGCAACGUGAUGCUGUGCAUCCAUCGUAGGCUUCAUGCCUCGAAGCUCGAGAUAUCCGAGAAUCUCAUGGCCAAGGUUCUCGGUUUGAUUCAAAAAAGCAUUCAGGCCGUUCGAUCCAACAUUGUAGCACAUCUUCCUUGGCACCACGUAGCCAACAUCCCGUUUCAGGCAGUGUGCACACUCCUCGUUAUCGAUACCGCACAGUCUUUUGCACUCUUGUCUGAGACUCUGGCUUGUGUCAUCGCCGUGAAUGAAGCGUAUCCAACUGAAGCGACGAGAGAAGCUGCCGUUGCUGCGUGUACCCUGCUCCGGCUGCACCGGAGGCGAAGAGAAGCAGAGAUCAAGAAGCAUUCCGACAUGCUAGGCCUAUACCCUUCUGUAGAUUUUGUCUUACAGGAGAACCAUGGCGAUCCUCUGAGCAGCGACUCUUUGCAAGAAUUUUCUUGGUUCAAUGAGUUUAUAGCUAAUUCAGAUCUAGCAUCAGGUCUUGAUCCGUUCAUACUCGUCAUCUCCACAACCGCGUGCAUGGGAACCUUGAUCGCAAGUUUCAACAGCGCAAUCUACAACGCAGCUGCCGCACCCAGCAGCAUCGAUUUCAGCGUGGGAGACAAAGUCACAGCACUAGGAACCAGCCUCUUUGUGUUAGGCUUCGCAUCGGGUCCUGUGAUUUGGGCUCCAGGGUCUGAGAUGCUUGGGCGUCGCUGGCCACUUGUACUCGGCGUGUUCGGAUCCUGCGCGUUUACGCUUGGAAGCGGCAUGGCGGAGAAUGUGCAGACGCUUAUUGUGUGCCGGUUCUUUGCGGGUUUGUUUGGCGCAAGCCCCCUGUGUGUUGUUCCUGCUGUGCUGGCGGAUUUGUACAACAGCACAUAUCGCGGUGUGGCGAUAUCGCUGUAUGCGCUGACGGUGUUUGGGGGUCCGUUUCUUGCACCCAUCGUUGGCGAUUUCAUCGUUGCAAGUCAUUUAGGGUGGCGUUGGACGCUAUAUCUUCCUGCCAUUUUGGGGCUUGCAAAUUCCGUGUUCCUAUUGCUAUUUUUCAAAGAGACUUUUGCUCCAUUGGUACUGGUGCAGAAGGCGCAGCUUUUGCGGCGGCAGACGGGUGACUGGAAAAUUUAUGCUGAACAAGAGAGACUGAAGCUAGAUGUCCACGCCGUGGUGAAAAAAUACCUUACUCGACCGCUUCGCAUGCUAGCGACGGAGCCCAUUAUCCUCUUGGUAUCCAUGUAUAUGUCGUUCAUAUAUGGGUUGGUUUAUGCACUUCUAGGGGCAUACCCAUAUGUAUUUCAGCAUGUCCAUGGUAUGCCGGUCGGAGUACGAACUUUGCCAUUUCUCGGUCUACUCUUGGGUGUGGUUUUAGCUCUUAUCUUUAUCCUUGGCCAACACAGAUCGUAUUGCCGAAAGCUGGAGGCAAACAAUGGAAAGACAAUACCAGAGUGGCGGCUUGGACCUGCUAUCCUAGGGGCUAUCGUAUUCACUAUUGGUCUAUUCUGGUUUGCAUGGACAGGCUUCACCAAUGCUGUCCAUUGGAUGGCACCAACUGCAGCCGGAGCCUUUAUUGGAUUUGGAGUGCUUUGCAUCUUUUUGCCUUGCUUCAAUUAUCUUGUUGAUGCUUUUUUGCCUCUAGCAGCUUCAGCAGUUGCAGCCAACAUCAUGCUCCGUUCAGCUGUUGCAGCUGGCUUCCCUUUGUUCUCUACUCAGAUGUUUGAAAAUCUCGGUAUCCAGUGGGCAGGGAUGCUUCUCGCCUGUCUUGCCACGAUCAUGAUACCAAUCCCGAUAGUUUUCCGAGCAUAUGGGCCGACCUUGAGAGCAAAGAGCAAGCUUCUGGUGGAAGCCUCUAACGAAGUGAUGUCGCGACGUAAAGAGGAAAACAAUACCAAGAGGCUUUACGUGAUGAGGGAAAUGCAAGAUUUCGAAAGCGAAGAAUAUGCAAACGAGGAUAAGAUGCGACGUUGGAUCAAUGCACCGGAAGAAUAA